UUUGCGCCUGUGCAGAGUUUGGGGAGUCGGCGCCAUGACCCCAUCAAGGCUUCACGGGUUCCUUUGCCGAGUCUCGUCCACCGCGUGGAGAACUGCAAGAUCACCCUUUUUGUGUCGUUCUCUGAGGAAAACAAGUUCUUCUCAAGGAGGAAAGUCUGAACUUGUCAAACAGUCCCUUAAGAAGCCAAAGUUACCAGAAGGUCGUUUUGAUGCACCAGAGGGUUCCCACUUAGAGAAAGAACCACUGGAAAAAUUUCCAGAUGAUGUUAAUCCAGUGACCAAAGAAAAAGGUGGACCCAGGGGCCCAGAACCUACACGAUACGGAGAUUGGGAACGAAAAGGACGCUGUAUUGAUUUUUAAGUCACAUAUUCUUUAAGCUCAGUAUUGUUUUCUGAAUACGUACAUCUGAAUUAACUUAUUUCUGAUUAUUUUCUUUCUUUACGUCCUUCAUGUCAUGUAGUUUCCAUAAUGUGUUUAAAUAUAUAUACGAUGGCUUUAGAAGAAAAUAUGCUGCUAUAAAUUAGGAAAGGGAAAAUAUAAUCAUUAACAUAUGUUAAUUUAAUAAGUGUAGAAAUAUAUAUAUAUAUAUAUUUUUUUUUUUUUUUUAUGAGACAUAGCCUCGCUGUGUUGCCCAGGCUGGAGUGGAAUGGCACUAUCCCAGCUGCAGCAACCACCCCACCAGGUUCAAGCAGUUUUCCUGCCUCAGCCUCCUGAGUACUGGGAUUACAGGAACCCACCACCAUGCGUGGCUAAUUUUUGUAUUUUAAGUAGUGACAGGGUUUUGCCAUGUUAGCCAGGCUGAUCUCGAACUCCUGACCUCAGGUGAUCCACCUGCCUCAGCCUCCCAAAGUGCUAGGAUUACAGGAAUGAGUCACCAUGCCCAUCCUAGAAAUGAUUCUUAGAGCUGUAGGCCUUUACUUCAUCAUUUUUCAGUUUAAAUUAGUUGCUUACAAAAUGCACAAAUAAAAUAAUUU